AUGUCUGCGCAAACGAUGCCCUCGGCCGCGAGGCAGCCUGCGGGCCAGGCUAACGGCGUCCCGGUCGAGCUUAUGUUCAAGCAGAUCAUGGAGGCGGUCCACAACUCGCAUCUCGAAAUCGCGGAGCUGCGCUCGGAGUGCCAUGAGCUGAGACAGGCGAACGCGAGCCUGGAGCGGAUGCUACGGGAAGGACUGUUCAACAACGGUUCAAGAGCAGUCACACCCGGCUUCGUAACUCCUGUACCAGGCAGUCCUCAACUGCGAGCCAAGUCCCCGUUCCUUAGCCCAGGAUCCAUCACCACCCUAGCCGUCCCCCCACAAAUCUACGUACCCUCCCCCCUGUCCGACCACGCCCUCACGAACGCAUUCCCCUUCGGCAUCCGUGAGAUCCCCGGCUUCUAUGUCGUCAUCCCCGCCGGUGGUGCGGGAACACGCCUGUGGCCACUGUCGCGCGAGGAACACCCAAAAUUCCUGCUUGACCUAACGCUCAAGGGCCGCUCGCUCAUCCAGGCGACGUGGGAUCGUCUCCUCCCGCUCACGUCCGCGGCACGCACGACGAUCGUCGCGGGCCCGGCGCACGUCAAGAGCAUCCACGAGCAGCUGCCGGACCUCCUCCAGCACAACCUCUUCUGCGAGCCGAGCGCAAAGGACUCGAUGGCCGCCAUCGGCCUCGCCGCGGCGGUGCUCGCGCGGCGCGACCCGAACGCCGUCAUCGGCUCGUUCGCCGCGGACCACAUGAUUUCCGGCGACGACGCGUUCCUGUCCGCCGUCGCGGAGGCGGUCGACGUCGCGCGCAAGGACUACCUCGUCACGAUCGGUAUCGCGCCGUCGCACCCGUCGACCGGGUUCGGGUACGUCCGCCUAGGCGAGAAGCUCGGCUUCCCCGAGGCCCCGAACGCGCGGCUCGUGUCGAGCUUCAAGGAGAAGCCGGAUGCGCGCACCGCUGCGGCGUACAUCAAGACCGGUUCGUACCGCUGGAACGCGGGUAUGUUCGUCACGAAGGCGGCGUUCCUGAUGCAGCUCCUCAAGGAGUACAAGCCCGAGCUGCACGACGGCCUCCAGCGGAUCGCACAGUGCUGGGACGACGAGAAGCUCAGGCAGAGGGUGCUCGAAGAGACGUGGCCCGGCCUCGAGAAGAUCGCUAUCGACCACGCGGUGGCUGAGCCUGCUGCGCUAGACAGGAGGGUCGCCGUCGUUCCCGCUACUUUCGGUUGGGACGAUGUUGGAGACUUCUCGUCCCUUGCUGACCUCCUCCCUGCGGAGUCGAACCAGCCCCGUAUUCUUGGAGACGCCUCGCUCGUGCUUACCGAGCAGGCUGCGGGUGGUAUCGUGGUGCCCGGCUCUGGCAGACUGGUCUCGCUACUUGGUGUCGACGAUCUGGUGAUUGUCGACAUGCCCGACACGCUGCUUGUCACCACGCGUGCCCGUUCGCAGGAGGUGAAGCGGCUCGUGAAGAAGUGCAAGGAUGCGGGCUUCAAACACUUGCUCUAA